AUGGCCAAGAUGGCCAAGGAUCUUCGCCCUGGAGUUCAGAAGAUGUCUCUGGGCCAGCAGCAGGCAGCAAGAGGCGUGGCUUGUCUGAGAUGCAAGGGGUCAUGCUCGGGCUUCGAGCCACACUCAUGGAGGAAGAUCUGCAGGUCGUGCAAGUGCAGCCAGGAGGAUCACUGCCUGAGCUCUGACCUGGAAGACGAUCGCAAAAUCGGCCGCUUGCUGAUGGACUCCAAGUACUCUACCCUGACUGCCCGCGUGAAGGGCGGGGACGGCGUCCGGGUCUACAAGAGGAACCGCAUGAUCAUGACCAACCCCAUUGCCACCGGCAAGGACCCCACCUUUGAUACCGUCACUUACGAAUGGGCACCCCCGGGGGUCACCCAGAAACUGGGUCUACAGUACAUGGAGCUCAUCCCCCAGGAGAAGCAGCCCGUGACGGGCACCGAGGGUGCCUACUACCGCCGGCGCCAGCUCAUGCACCAACUCCCCAUCUAUGACCAGGACCCCUCCCGCUGCCGUGGACUGUCAGAGGCCGAGCUGCCCCUGAUGGAGGAGUUUGUCAAGCAGUACAAGAGUGAGGCCCUCGGCGUGGGAGAGGUGGCCCUCCCUGGCCAGGGUGGCUUGCCCAAGGAGGAGGGCAAGCAGCAGGAAAAGCCAGAAGGUGCAGAGCCAGCAGCACCCACCACCAACGGCAGCCUGGGCGACCCAAGCAAGGAUGUGGAAUACGUCUGUGAGCUGUGCAAGGGGACGGCCCCAGCCGACAGCCCGGUGGUCUACUCGGACAGGGCGGGCUAUAGCAAGCAGUGGCACCCCACCUGCUUUGUGUGCACCCAGUGCCGCGAGCCGCUGGUCGAUCUCAUCUACUUCUGGAAGGAUGGCGCACCCUGGUGUGGCCGCCACUACUGUGAGAGCCUGCGGCCCCGAUGCUCCGGCUGCGAUGAGAUCAUAUUCUCAGAGGACUUCCAGCGCGUGGAGGACCUGGCGUGGCACCGGAAGCACUUUGUCUGUGAGGGCUGCGAGCAGCCACUGAGCGGCCGGGCAUACAUCGUCACCAAGGGGCGGCUGCUGUGUCCCACCUGCAGCAAGUCUGUGCGCUCCUGAAGGCCCACCCCCAGCCACAAACCACAGGAACACCCUCCCCAGCUUUGAGAAGCAAGGCCAGGCCCACUGAAGCGCCCCAGCCAUAGACAGCGUCCGUUCAGAAAGGUCUGUGUUGGAGGCUCGGUGAUGGGGGCUUCUCAAGGACCUGAGAUUUCCAAUCCAGAAAUAUCCUGAGAGCCCGAAGACCGAGUGGGGUGUGCAGGUGCCGGGAAAGGCAGUGACCCCACGAGCAGCCACCAACCCCAGGAGCAGCGUGGAAUCCCAACUGUGUCAC